AGCGACGAAACUUUUACCUCAGCGUUUACGUUACAUUUUAGUUUGAAAUUAACUAUAGUUACUAAUGUUAGCGUUUUUAGCACUUAAUAGUAUUACAAUAUUUUUGCCGUUAUAAGAGGUUUUUUUCCGUUGUGACAAUUUUGUUUCAGGUAUGAAAAUGAUGUAUGGUCCAAUCGGAAACUACGUGCCAAUAAGUGACCUAAACAUAAACAUCACUCACUCGAAGGUGGUUGGAGUGAUAAUUGGAAAAACUGAUUCUAGAGGAUUUCCAGACCGGAAAAAUGCUGGCUCUGAAAGGUUUACUUUCAGCUUUACCAUCAAAGAUUCACCAGAACAUUUUAUCAAUGUGUCUGCAUGGGGAAAUGAGGAAUACAUUCAAGGACUGAGCAGUCGCUUUCAGAUUGGGGAUUGCGUUGUAAUCGAAAAUCCCCUUGUUGUGACCAAAGACUAUGAGAAAGAAGAAAGAUUUUGCCCUUUCACACCCAGUACCUACAGGCUGUUGGUAACAGAGACUCACUCGAGCAUUAGGAUAUGCUCAGAUUUAGAAACAGAGGCCAGGAUUCUGCCACUAUUCCACAUGCCAAUUAAAGACUCAAGGGACUUCUAUUCAUUGGGAGAUAUUACUGCAAAUGGAGAGAAUCUGGACGGACAUAUUAUUAACAUCUUAGCAGCUGUGCAGUCGAUUGGGGAGGAGAAAUUCUUUACAAAAUCUGAUGGACGCAAAGGACAGAGGCUAGAAAUAAAGCUCUUUGAUGACACUGGGAAAUCAUUUCCUUUUGUGUGCUGGGAUAAAGAAACUAUUAGGCUGGUACAAACACUGACUCAAAGAGAAACGGUGCUGUUUAUUGCAGAUGCCCGCAUCACUUUUGACAGCUUUCGCAACUGUAUGAUAGCAACAGCUACUUCAAAGACAAUCAUUACCCUCAACCCUGAUACAGCAGAAGCCAACCAGCUGUACACGUGUAUAAGGGAGCUGGUAGAAGCAGGAGGACUGGAUGACCAAGACAUCCUCUCGGGUGACGAUGUGCAAUUGGAUUACAUUAGUGAUGUUCUGACUGUACAAAAACUUAAAGCCAGAAGUCAAGAACAUGCUGAGGUCUUUCACUGCAUAAUAUUUGGAUUCAUCACUAAUCUGGAACUGAAUUCCUCCAUCUCAAAGAUCAUACGCAAGAGAUGUGCCAAAUGCAAAUUUCGAAUCAAUGAGGAGAGUCAGACAUGUUCCAAUGAGGCCUGUCCAAAUCAAGGACAACAGCUCCAGGCCACUGAAGGCUUUGAUCUGCUGGUGGACAUCAGCGAUCACACAGGCACUGUGCAGUCGUGCAGCCUGGCAGGAACAGUGGCUGAGAAAACCCUGGGCUGUAGAACAGAAGAGUUUUUGCGUCUGUCUGAUUCUCAAAAGACAACUCUGAAGUGGAAGUUUCUUCUGGAGAGAUGCAAAAUCUAUCUAAAGAUUUUUUCAUCUACUAGAAGCAGAAGCGGAAUGAGGGCAAGUAUUUUGUCAUGUGUACUCGCUGACCCCGUUGAAGUGAAACAACACUUUGCCUCCUUUGUGGUUUGAUGCUGUAUUGCAACACAGCAACCAAACAGCAUUGUUCCUCAUGUGGAAACAAAUUAAAUGUAGGCCCACUUGCGUUCAA